AUGAACGGUUCACAAGAAGACAACAAACAUAUUAGAGAAUCCCCAGCGAUAACUGGAAAUUCUGGUCUACAACCAUAUUAUCAUCAACAGGAUCCAAUGAUAAUACAAAUACCAUUUUAUUUCGAAAAUAAUAAUGUCAGUAAUUUAAAUAACCCGUUAUUCGAGAUUUACUCGCACGAUAAUUUGAUCCAAAAUAAUCAUUUGAAUCCGUACAUUCAAUCUCAAAAUAACGAUAUGUUAUCACAAGGUUGUUCAGUAAUUGAUUUUGAACACCAAAAUGCUCCAACGACGACCUUGAAUGAUACCUCUUGUCCUCAGUACGAAAGCGAGUGGCAAAUGCCUAAUAAUUCAAACGAGGUAUAUCCUAAUAAUGGUAUAACGCAUCCAAAUAUGUAUAACUCGGUUUUGGAAAGUCCGUUCUCAACUCCAAACCUCGCGGUGAUGGAGGAGGCAUUAUCUGUUUAUACAACCCCAUAUCCUAUGAUAUCUUUCAAUGAGACGCAAAAUUAUAAUUUCACAUUAAACUCGACACGACCUCAAACAUUUACUUCAGUUCCACCUUUGUACGAGGAAUAUCAAUCAUGCGUCACAACAAAUGAAGGUUCACCACCUUUAAAUUCCCCAAACACACAUUGUAAUCAAAAAUCUCCGGUAUAUACAAAAUGGACCGAGGAGGAAGAUGAACGCUUGAGAAAUGCCAUAAACAUAUACGGACCACACAAAUGGUCUCUAAUUGCUUCUCAUGUUCCAAAUCGAACUCCGAUGCAAUGCUCUACAAGGUGGUUAGGCGCUUUGAAUCCAACCAUUCACAAAGGACGUUGGACUCCCGAAGAAGACGCCGCAUUAAAAGAAGCGGUUAGCGAAUAUGUUGACCUACUUGAUUCAGACGGUCAUCCACAACCUAUCCCUUGGAAUAAAAUUGCAUCUCAUAUUCCUCAUAGAACAGGAAUUCAAUGUCAAGCUCGUUGGUCAGAAGCAUUAGAUCCAAAUGUAAGAAAAGGUAAAUGGUCGCCUAAUGAGGAUGAAGUAUUGAAAGAUGGUGUAAAUAGAUAUGGUAGAUGCUGGAUCCGUAUUGCUGAAUUAAUUGAAGGACGAACACAGAGGCAAUGUCGAACGAGAUGGGUGCAAAUCAGAAACAAGCAGUUAAAACUUGAACGAGACGCUAUUGUCGCCAAAAAUGUAUCUGCUUCAAGCACGGUGUCGGUUGAUAACGACGAAGACUUAGUAAUGUUGACACCACCAAAUACGACACCAUCUACACCCUACGCCGGUAAUGCCAGUUAUUUUGCUCUCAAAUAUGAACCCAAUGAACCAUAUCGUAAAUAA